AAGCCCCUCACUUCCGGUAAUUGAUUCAAAGGCGGCGUUUUCAGAGCAUGCAUUUGUAGUGUUUUGAAGAGAAAGUUGAAAUGGCGCAGGCAAAAGUUACAGACUUCUUCGCCCGCAGCAAAAAAGCUGGAAGCGGGACUCUGCAAACAAAACGCGUGAAAGGCACCGAAGAUAUACUUACGAGAAAUGAAGCUCUCCUCAAGUCGCCAGAAAAUAAGCUACUUUCCACGAGGUCCAAAACCCGAGUAACAGAUGUCGCUGUCGAGACCUCGCAGCCUAAAGCGUACCUUACGCGACAGAGGAAAAUACCCCAGAAUCACCUGCCUCUUCAAGUAGAAAGCAGACCGCAGCUGAGCAACAAAGAUGAGGAACGAGCGGGUAAUGUUACGACAACGGAGGCAGUAGAGCUGAAACCUCCCACCACUCCUAAACGGAACGCAGAAUGUGAUGUGGUGAUCGCAGCUCGUGGACACAGUUCAGCCAAGAAGCGUUUAAAGACCGAUAAGGAGUCGGAAACCGAUCGGCAGCCAGGGGCAAAUGGAGAUAAGAAGUCUGCCCGAAAAAGACUUCUUUUGGAAGAACAUGGGGAGGAUAAGGAGCAGAUGUAUACCGCUGCCCCCAGGGUGGCUGAAAGGACGUUGGCUCCAUCCUCUGUGGAGAAGAAAGUAAAAGAUUUGGUGAAUAAGAAUUCAUCGUUGUCCCCUGGGCCAAAGAGAGAUGUACAGGGAUCACAGGAGAACCAGAGUUUUUCCAAGAAUGACAUGAAGACUCUAAAAGCCAAAAUCCAAAGUAUCCGUGAAAAGGGAGACCAGGUAUCCCGAGCAGCUAUAUCUUUGCCACCUUCCUCUUCAGAAUUUCAGUCAAGAUUAAAGAGAGUACGGGAGCUUGAAGCCAAAGUGCAAGAAAGAAAAAAAAUUGAUGUGGCAGAAACGCAACCACAGACAGAAGAAAGCCAACCUGUACCAGCCUAUCAGAGAUAUCACACGCUUGCUGAAGAUGUUGCACCGGGGCUUACCUUGCCUUAUAAGUACAGGCUGCUUGCAGAGAUGUUUCGCAGUAUGGACACCAUUGUAGCGAUGCUCUAUAACCGUUCUGAAACUGCUACCUUUGCCAAGGUUAAACAAGGUAUUCAGGAUAUGAUGCGCAAGAAAUUUGAGGAACAUAAUGUUGGCCAAAUAAAAACGGUCUACCCAUCUGCCUAUACUUUCCGUCAAGAGAAGAAUAUUCCAUCUUUUAGCCCAAGUGUUAAGAAGACAUGCUACCAACUCACCAUAGAGCCCCUUCUGCAGACAGAAAACGCUGGCCGUCCUCAUCUUUCUGCAUCACGUAUGCUAGAACGCAAACAAACCUUUAGUCGGUAUCUGGUGAAUAUUAUGAAACAACAUCACAAGGCUUUCUUGUCUUCUCUGAAUCCACCUAUAAAUGUACCGGAUGAUCGUCUGACCCGUUGGCACCCUCGAUUCAAUGUAGAUGAGGUGCCAGACAUUGCAGCAAGUGACCUGCCCCGUCCUCCACAGGUGGAUAAACUGACAACUGCCCAGGAGGUUCUUGAUAAGGCACGCAGUAUGAUGACACCAAAGAUGGAAAAAGCCCUGGCUAAUAUUGCUCUAAGGACAGCAGAAAGCCAUGGCGAGGAGCCAAAAGAGACUUCAGUGACAAGUGUUCUUCCAGUUGCUGCUGUUUCAGCCACACCAAGUGCUUUGAAAGGAGUAUCCCAGUCCCUUCUGGAGAGGAUAAGAGCGAAGGAGGCCCAGAAAAUGCAGGCAAUGAUGACUCGGAACCCAGAGCAAGAAGAACGUUUGACAAUGAUGUCAAGACUGGUGGAACUUGUGCGGAUUUUGCGCAAUGUAUUUGUGGCAGAAAAGAAAGCAGCACUUAGCAUGGAGGUGGCAUGCAGCAGAGUGGCUUCCAGUUAUCGUUCCACUAUGACACAAGGGGAAAUGGAGAAACACCUUAAACUGGCAUCAGUGCUGCUUCCUGACUGGUUAACUGUACACCCAAUCAGGAAAGAUCUCUAUCUCAAAAUCAACAAAUCACUGGACCUUAAUGUUGUACUGGAGAAACUCAAUCAGAAGAUCAAGGAGGAGGAGAGAGUAUGAAGCUGUAAUCCAGCACCCGUA